AUUUUCACAAUGGCGACAAAACAAUUCCAGACAAAUGACAAUCGAUAGUGUCACAUUACAAUUCGGGAAUGUUGAAAACGUUUAAUAUUCAAUAAAACUUUGUAAAUUGUAAAUUAUCCUUGUGCUUGUGUGAUCAAUGAGUUUUUCACUCUGCUAAAAGAAUGUUCAAUAAAGAUAAUCGAAGCAGUCGAAAUGCAAUAAAAUUGGAGAACGAAACGGAGGAGAAAUUGCUGGAGAAAAUCGCCAAAAUUCAAAAUCUACUCAAGGAGGUCGACGACAAUUCAAGUGACAGUGUCAAGGAAAUGAGUUCAUCAAACGAGGAGAACAAUGAGCCAAGAAGAAAAUAUCACGAUCGAACGAGAUACAAUUCACCAUUAACAUCAGUUCGACCAGUAACACCAGCUUAUGACGAUUCAAAUGACUGCAAAUCGGAAUUCAAUCGUUUCUUAGAAUUUGACACUAAAUAUGACGCUAAUCCCUUUUCAUUACCAUCAACAUCCCAAGGUUAUUCCGCCUCCUACGCUAAUGUCUUCGAUCCAACAUACGGAUCACCGAAUCUCUCUCCAAAAUUGGAGAGAAAACCACCAAUCGAAGACAAUGAUGACGACUGGGUGCCAUUGACAUUUCUCGAUAAAAAUCCAAAGAAACCAUCUCGACGUCGCACACCACCAAUGACCUAUAAACCACCGAAAAAUGUCGAUUUAAGUUACCAAACGCAAAUGGAACGAAACCGAAGGGAACGUAACGAGCGCCCCGACAGACAUUCUUCGCGUCAUGGCGAACGACGUCACAAGAAACGCUACUACUUUCCCGAAAUUGCAGAGAAACGAAGAAAAAAACGAAGAAUAAAAGAGGAAAAAAGGAGGAAAGAAGCGGAGGAAAAUUAUAAAAAACAACAAAUGGAAUUGGAAGAAUCAGAGAAAGCUAUCGUCGUCAAUCCAUUGUCGCUAAUUAAAAAGGAAAUCGAUUCCGACGAUGACGAUGACGAUGACGAUUCUGAUGAUGACUACGAUAGUGACAAAAAUUAUUACGACAGUGACAAAAACGACUACGAUAGUGACAAAAACUACGAUGACAAUUUGUCUUCCAAUCUAAAACCAAAUUAUUACAAUAAAAAUUACAAUGAAGAAAUUGAGAGAAUAUACGAAGACGACAAUUACAAACCAAACAGUCGCAAUUCAACAGAAACAACAGGAAGAAAGCGUAAAAAAGAACAAAAUUAUCCACAAAUUAAAAAGCAAAGACUCUCCGACGACGACUACGAUGACGUCGAGGUCGACGAUUUUAAGUCUUCAAGAAACUUUCAAAGUUCGACAAAAAAAAUAAAAGAGGAAACUGAAGACGUGAAACCAAAUAUAAAUAUGCUCAAGAAUUUAGGUAAAAAUUUCAAUGCCUGCGUAUCGAUUGCAUCGAAAAUUCCCGACGAAGCACUGAAUUUCCUGAAUUUAAUUCCCUUCGACAAAAUAAAACAAGAGAAGACAAAUUCAUCAAAUCUCACCAAAUCCACAUCUUCAUCUUCAUCAUCGCCAUCGACAUCGACGAGAAAUAUUUCCACUUCUGUCGACAAUUUUAAAAACCAGAAAAAUCCUUCCCAACAUCGUGAAAUGGGAAAUUCGAGGAAAAUCGAUUUUUCCAAUGAACUGAGAAGAUUUUCGCGAAAGUUGCAAAAAAUAAGGAAUGAGGAGGAGAAUUACUAGUAAAAUUUGCUUAAAUAAUUUUCAUUAUAGUUAAAUUUAUAAAAAAAAUGUUUGAAAUUCAAGAAAGAAUUUUUUUCCCCUAUUUCUAUUUUUUAGUAUUCUAAACAUAAGAUCUUACGUAUUGUUUAUUAUCAAAUAGAUAUAAUUUUUCUACCAGAGCAGCUAUUAUUAUUAUAAUUUACUUCAUAAAUUAGCGUUUCUCAGGAAUAAAUAAGAAACAGUAUUUUUUUUAUACCGAAGAAAAGUGAUUUAAAUACCUUUGAAUUCAAUAAAGUUUUUCGUUCAUUUUAAAAAGUUUUUUAAGUUACGAAGUAAAAUAGUCAACGAACUGAUAACUAUUAAUGUGUAAAAUACCAAAUCAUGUUCAGUUGAAUCUUAAAUAUUUGUAUUAAAAACAUUUUCUAUUGAU